AUGUGUCGUAAACCAAAAAUACUACCAGUUAUAUUUCAUAAUCUUCAAGGUUAUGAUUCUCACUUAUUUAUAAAACAAAUUGCUAGAUUAGAAGGAGAUUUAAAUUGUAUUCCAUCUACGGAAGAAAAAUAUAUUUCUUUUUCAAAAAGUAUUAAAGUUGGAGAGUAUUAUUGCUCAAAACUUGGAAAAAUGUGCCCAAUAAAUUUUGAAAUACGAUUUUUAGAUUCAUUCAAGUUUCUUCAAACAUCACUUGCCAAUCUUGUUUCAAAUUUAUCAGCAGAUGAUUUUCAUAAUACAAAUCAUGUAUUCAAGAAAAAUGUAGAUCUACUAACUCGUAAGGGAGUUUAUCCUUAUGAUUAUGUUUCAUCACUUGAUAAAUUAUCAGAAACAUGUUUACCACCCAAAAAGGAGUUCUACUCCCAACUUUAUGACGAAGAUAUUAGUGAUGAUGAUUACCAACAUGCGAUUAAAGUCUGGAAUACAUUUGAAUGUAAAACAAUAAGAGAUUAUCACGAUCUUUAUCUGAAAUCUGAUGUUCUACUUCUAACAGAUGUAUUUGAAAACUUUAGAAAAACUUGUCUCCGCCAUUACAGCCUAGAUCCAGUUCACUAUUUAACAUCCCCAAGUCUAGCUUGGGAUGCAUGUCUAAAAGAAACAGGUCAGCAAUUAGAGUUACUACAUGAUUAUGAUAUGUUAAUGAUGUUUGAGCGUGGUAUUCGUGGUGGUAUAACACACAUAUCAAAAAGAUAUGCGGAAGCGAAUAACAAAUAUAUGAAAGAUUACAAUCCUGGAAAGGAGUCAACAUUUAUUCAAUAUCUCGACGCAAAUAAUCUUUACGGUUGGGCAAUGUCUCAACAACUCCCAACACAUGGAUUUAAAUGGAUGAAAGAUAUAACAUUAGAAAAGGUAGAUGAAAUACUAGAGAAAGCAAAUCAUAGUAUGUCAAAUCUUGGGAGUAAAGGUUAUAUAUUUGAAGUUGAUUUAGAGUAUCCACCUCACCUAUGGGAAAAACAUAAUGGUUAUCCUCUAGCACCAGAGAAGAUGAUUGUUAAUGGUGUUGAAAAGUUAAUUAGUCAUUUUAAACCCCGAAAGAAUUAUGUUGUGCAUUAUCGCACUCUUAGACAAUGUCUUGAGUUGGGUAUGAGAAUAACGGCUGUUCAUAGAGGAAUUUCAUUUUAUCAGUCUACUUGGAUGGAGCCAUAUAUCAGAAAAAAUACUGAACUUAGAAAGACAGCAGCCAACAAUUUUGAGAAAGACUUUUUCAAAUUAAUGAAUAACAGUGUCUUUGGAAAAACAAUAGAAAAUAUAAGGAAGCGACAAAAUAUACAUCUUAUAGAUAAUCGUAAGAAAGCUGUCAAACUAUCAAGUAAACCCAACUUUGAUAGAUGUACAAUAUUUGAUCGCAAUCUUAUUGCUAUUCAUAUGCUAAAGACAGAGGUUUAUUUUAACAAACCAGUUUAUGUUGGUCAAGCAAUUCUAGAUUUAUCAAAAACACUAAUGUUCAAUUUUCAUUUCACAUACAUUAAAAAGAAAUAUGGUAAAAAAGCAGAAUUAUUGUUUACAGAUACGGAUAGUCUAAUGUAUGAGAUUAAAACAAAAGAUUUUUAUCUUGAUAUAUCCCCUGAUGUAAGAGGUAAGUUUGAUACUUCUGAUUAUCCUCUCGUUCAUCCUUCUGGGAUAAGUACAGGAGUUAAUAAAAAAGUGAUUGGAAUGUUUAAAGAUGAAGUUGCAGGAAAACAGAUAACACAUUUUGUUGGAUUGCGUCCCAAACUUUAUAGUUUUAAAAUUGAAGAGGAUAGGGAAGUAAGAAAGUGUAAAGGAAUAAAGAAAAAUGUUGUGAAAAAGAAAUUAGAUUUUGAUGAUUAUGUUAAAUGUCUAUUUUUAGGUGAGAAAGAAAUGAGAAGUAUGAAAAUAAUAAGAAGUGAAAAACAUGAUAUAUAUUCAAAAGAAGUUAACAAAAUAGCGUUAAGUAAUGAAGAUGAUAAAAGAGAGGUACUCAAAGAUAAUAUUCAUACUUUAGCUUUUAGAUAAAAAAAAAAUAAUUUAAAAGUAGUAAAGUAUUAAAUAAUAAAUGACUUAUACAGAGGAGGAAAUAAAAAAAUAUUUAGAUAUACUUCAUAAUUAUAAAAAACCUAUUCAACCAGUUAGUAAAAAAGCACAAUGUUCAAAUUGCCCAAAUAAUGAAUUUUUUACAAUAGAUUAUGGCCUCAAAAUUUGUGAAAAAUGUGGUGCAGACAACGGUCAUGUAUUAGGAUUAUUUGAUGUAAAAGAUUUGGAUAGACUACAUUAUAGAAAAAAGAGUAUUUACCAUAGGAAAUACCACUAUGAAAAAAAGGUAAAUGAAAUUUCUAAAAGAAUAAACCUAACUGAUGAAGAAAAAUGUGAACUUUACGAUAAUCUAACAAAAAUAGAUAAUCAUAUCAUGGAAAUACUAAACAAGCAAUACUUAAGAAAGAGAAUGAUAAAUAUUAAUUAUUUAACUAAAAAAAUUUUGGAGGAGAUGGGUUGUGAAAAGUAUAAACUUAUUGUAUUUAAGAUUAGUCCUCAAACUUUAGAGAUUUAUGAAAAAUGGUGGGAUAGUUAUAAAAAGUUAAAUAAUUAGUUUUGAGAGGGAGACGUUGUGAAAUUUUGUAUAAAGAUUAAAAUAAAUGUGUAACCAAGUUGUUGGAACAUCUGAAUUGUUUAAUGAUGGUAGUAAUCUAAGUGAUAAAGUAAUUUAUUAUUAUUACGAAUUUCCUGAUGGACAAGUAUUUGAAGGUCGCAUUAGGUAUGGAACAUUAGAAUCAAGAGAUGCUGACCACCGAAGGUGUAGUCUUAGUCCUGUUUACGACCAUUUAAAAAGAUUUCCAGAUACAAAACCAAAAUUAUUGACUAAUGAUACUCAUUACAAAACAGAAAAUAUUAUUUAUCUAUAUAAAAAAUAAAAAAAAAUGCGUAUACAAAUUAAUCCUAGAUCGUUGUUAAAUCUAGAACAUAUAUGUGAAGUUUUAUACAAACUUCAUCCAUCUGUUUUAGAUUACUUGGUUGAAAUGGAAAGAUCUUUAGGUGAUAUAUUUGGAUUUAUUGACAUUAACAAUCCAUCACUAAAAGAAAGAGAAUUCUUAGCUAGUAUUGUUGAGGAAGUAGAUUACUUAAAAGAACCUGAGGAACCUGAGGAGUUGAAAAAAGACCAGAGUACUCAUUUUCAUAAUCUAAGAAGAUAUAUUCAACUAGAUACUGAUGAAUAUAUUCCUAUGAAAUUUUAUGUUGAAGUUGAAGAUCCUGUAAUAGGAAAAAAACUAAAAGAAUUGGUUGAGGCACUUGAAAAAACUCAUGCUCCAGAACAAUUUUAUUUAAAUAAACAAGAAAUAGAUGAAGAUGCAUAUUUUGCUGAAGGGUAUAAACUUAAAAUGAAUGAGGAACAGAAAAAACAAUUGGAAGAAUUUAUUGAUGGAGAAGAUGUUAAAUCACUUGAAAAACUUUUAAGAGAGAAAAAGUUAUAUCCUUAA